AUGGCGACGAAUGAUCAAAUCAAGAAUGCGCUGCUGACCGAGCAUUUCCGGUAUACCCCACUGACGCUGCUGGACGACAUCAUCAACACUGUCAACGAGCUCGUCUACCAGGCCGUCGGCGAGAUCGAGACUGCGCUCCUCAAUGUGCCCAAAGAACAACUAGGCUUCUCCGCCAAUGCGCCCACCCAACAAGACGGACAAGAUAGCAACAAUGACGAAGACGCGUCAGAACAAGCUGCGCGCACUGAAAUCGAGGCUGGAAUCGUCAAGCUCGAGAGUCUGCUCAACUCGACCAUCGACAAGAACUUUGACAAGCUCGAAAUCUACACCCUGCGCAAUCUUCUGACUGUCUCGAACGCGAAAGAGGACGAAGGACUAGAGAACUGGAUAGUCCUGGAUCACUACAAGAACCUUCAAGCACCAUCGACAGACGCCAAUGCGCCCACUCCCGAAUCAGUCAACCGCCUGCGCCGCAAAGUACAAGAGACGGAGAAGCUACAAUCCGCCUUGAGAGCGGAAGCUGCUCAGAAUGAAGCCUUGCUUGCUCAACUACGACCCCUCACAUCCGCUCCGCCAGCCGCCCAAUCCUCCUUCAAGCCCGACCAAGACACGCCGCAACAACCUCAGAAUGCCUCCUUCUCCUUUCUCACGAAUACUCCAUCAGCCAAAGCUCUCGGGGUCGGCAGCGAAAGACACGCCAACUCGCUCGCUCAGAACACCAACUUUGUCUAUUCGCAGAUCCCCGCGCUACGAGAGAUUGUCAGUACCCUGCGCUCACAUCUUGCGACAUUGCCUGCGAAGGACAUGGCAGCUACAGUCGACCAGUCCACAGAAACAAGACACGUCUAUAUCGAAAGUCAGACGCGUCGCGCUCUGGACAGGGCAGGUGUGGAUGCUGCACCAACACCAGACACCGAGUCUUUGGGCAGACGCAUGGGUCGAGAAGAGACACGAGCCCUGGAAAACAUUUUCGCUGCCAUGACUGCACAGAACCAGGCUUCGGACAAGAUGGAAGACUAA